UCAUAAGAGUCUGGAGGUUUAACGCAUGGACUUGGACAGCCUGAGGAGCAUUACACUUUUUGUAGUAUCCGUUGCUGCUGUUCUGCAGAAGCCUACUGUGAUUGUUAUGUUUGGCUUUUGUUUGUUUAAGACUGUCAAUUGUUUCUUUUUCUAGCCAAGUACUAUGAUAUGAUAACAGGCUUCAUAUUUUAAAUCUACAGGAGCCAUCCAACACACAGAAAUGAAUACAGGAAGGAACAAAGGCUACAGACUGGCUGCAGUGUGUCUGGGGCUUCUAUGUUUUCUCCUGCUGGCUGCCAUCACAGUGCUGUGGAUCAAUUUCGAGAGAGACCAGUCACAGACCAGUAACAAAGAACUGCCUGCUAACAAAGUCACCUGGGAAACAGCCUACAUCAAUGUGACUAUGGACAUAAAGUACUUUGUGUUAUUUUCUACUUUAGAGAAGGCAAUGCAGCAGGGUUGGACGUAUUUCAAUGGCACUCUUUACUACAUAACUGUUGGAUACAAGAACUGGACUGAGAGCAGAGAGGAUUGCAGAGAGAGAGGAGCAGACCUGGUGAUCAUAAACAGCAGAGAAGAACAGGAGUUCAUCCUUAACAAUCUGGGCAGCAGUCGAGCUUGGAUUGGUCUGACUGACACUGAAACAGAGGGAGUCUGGAAAUGGGUGGAUGGAUCAGCUCUGACCACUGAGUUCUGGGAGGAAGGAGAACCAAAUGAUGACCAGAAUAAUGAGGACUGUGCUGACAUUCAGGGUUUCCCAGGCAAGAAGAACUGGAAUGACAUCGCAUGCUCUGAGGAAGCAGGAUGGAUCUGUGAGAAGAUCCAUUUCCGUUUUAUUCUAUUUAAUGAAUAAAUAAAAGGAAUAAAAGAAUAAAA